UUUCUGCCGCAGCAGAGGAAGUUGAGCAGCAUCGUAAACAUGGCUGACAGUGGAGUGACAGAUGGAAUUUGCAAUACAGAUGACAUUGCACAAGCAAAGACUGAAGGCAAAGAGCUGACCAAAGAGGAGAAGCAGCGGCUGAGGAAAGAGAAGAAACAGCAGAGGAAAAGCAAAGAGAAAAAAGAUGACAAGGCUUCACAUGAAGGGGAAAAGAAGAAGAAGAAGAAAGAAGAGAAGCCCGUCAGUUCAGCUCCCCAGCCUCCAACACAGUCCUCACAGAAAGUGCCUGCUUCUGCACCGGUUCCCGUGCCUGCCUCAGAAACUGCUGCCCCGGCAGACAAGCCAUUGAAGAGUAAAGCAGACAUGAAAGCGGAGAGGAGAGCACGGCAAGAUGCCGAGAGGGCCUCAAAACAGGGCAAGAAGGGAGACGUGGGGCAGCCGGCUAGGCAGCCGCCUAGUGAGCUGCAGCCAGUGGUGAAGAGGCUCCCAGAACAUGUCCAAAUGGACAACCCGGACGUUUUAAAGAAACUGGCAAAGAAAUUGGAAAGACAACAGAUCCCACUCCGGUUGGACUACGGCUACAAAGUCAGCUUGUUUUCUCAUCUCCACCAGUACAGUCGCAAAGCCCCUCUAACACAGCAACUCGGCAUUCCCUCCACAGUGAUUCAUCCUGCUAUAGUUCGCCUGGGUCUCCAGUAUUCACAGGGCAUCGUGGCAGGAUCUAACGCUCGCUCUGUGGCGCUGCUGCACGCCUUCAAACAGGUAAUAAGAGACUAUACUACGCCUCCAAAUGAGGAGCUAUCUAGAGACUUGGUCAACAAGCUGAAACCUUAUAUCAGUUUUUUGAAUCAGUGUCGCCCUCUGUCAGCCAGCAUGGGUAAUGCAAUCAAAUACAUCAAGAAAGAGAUCUCCAAUAUUCCUAGUCAAUGCAAAGAAGAAGAGGUUCUUGUCACACUUGAUACACUCAUACAACGUGUUGUAUAUUCCAUAGAUACCAUAGACUUAAUGUUACCGAUACACAGUUUACACCCCCCUCUCAUGAUUUCUUCUUCUGUUCAGGCAAAGAGCAAACUGCUGAGCUGUAUCGAGUGCUACAUUAAAGAGAAGAUCAUCCUCGCUGCUGAAGCUAUUGCCAAGUACUCCAUAGAAAAGAUCAGCGACGGAGACGUCAUCCUAGUUUAUGGAUGCUCGUCGCUGAUCAACCACAUCUUGUGCGAGGCCUUUGAGAAGAAAAGGAAGUUCCGCGUGAUCGUGGUGGACAGCCGGCCCCGACUGGAGGGCCGGGAGGCCCUGAGGCGCCUCGUCCAGAGAGGCAUCAGCUGCACCUACGUCCUCAUCUCGGCCGUCUCCUACAUUCUUCCAGAGGUAUCCAAGGUGUUCCUUGGUGCUCACGCUCUGCUGGCCAACGGGUACGUCAUGUCCCGCGUGGGGACGUCACAGAUAGCUCUGGUAGCCCGAGCCUUUAACGUGCCUGUGCUGGUGUGUUGUGAGACCUACAAGUUUUGUGAGAGGGUGCAGACGGAUUCCUUUGUGUCCAAUGAACUAGAUGAUCCCGAUGACCUCAUUGUGACGCGUAAAGGGAAGACCCAGCUGGAGCACUGGCAGCAGGUGCCCUCACUUGGCCUGCUCAACCUGGUGUAUGACGUGACGCCGCCAGACUUCGUGGACUUGGUCAUCACAGAUCUGGGAAUGAUCCCGUGCACCUCGGUCCCUGUGGUGCUCAGAGUCAAAAACGUGGACCAGUGAACAAGCUGCUGCUCAGAGGCGCUUUCUCUGUUUAUUAUUUUUUUGAUGGGGGAAGUUUGUGAGCUUGAACACUUGCACACAACACAAAAUAUCAUGCUUUGAGCAUGCAAUAAAUAUAUAUCUGAAAUGGCAAAGGCUUCUUUUAAA